AUGGCGACGGAAGCAGAAGCAGUGAGAGAACUCCAAGGGCUGUGUCCCUACCGAUACUCUGCGUUACCUUCAGAGAACUCUAUUCGCCUUUUGCAGAUCUUCCAGGAUAGUUCCUCCGCACAAGGCUUCUUGGCACGACUAGAGACCUACGAGCUUGAUGAUGCGCCCCCAUUUUGGGCGCUUUCAUACACAUGGGGCCCUUCGGAGUUCGAUGAGGGGUCAAAUGCUUCAGAGAAAACAGAGACGCAGUUUACUCAUUUAGUAUGCGAUGGUGGGCGACUCCGAGUUGGUCAAAAUCUUUUCGACUUUCUACGUCAGUUCAAGAAUGACAUUGCUUUCUACGCAGAAUCAUCAGAGCUCGGACGCCAAUCCUGUGGAGCUAAUCAUUCGGAUCGUUUGAUCUACCCUGAAAAUGGCUAUAACCUUUGGGUCGAUGCUAUUUGUAUAGACCAACAAGAGAGCCAAGAAAGAUGCCACCAAGUCCAGCUCAUGGGUCAAAUCUACGAGGCUGCAAGAAGUGUGAUUGUCUGGCUCGGCACGACUGAGCCCCCCUAUGAAGUCUACUGGGUUGUCAGGUGUUUCAUACCAAGGAUAUUGGAAGUGGCCCGGGCCGCAAGCAACGCUGACUUCCUACAACAAGUUGGGCCGGAGUUAGAUCACCCCGAGAUCAUACAGUUGCUUGGCAAGGAUUUCUGCGAUGAGUGGCGCAAGUCAUAUCCAGUGUACUUCAACUUCUUCCUCAAGAAGCGAUGGCUCACGCGUGGAUGGGUUGUCCAGGAAGCAGCGAUCCCUCAUUCUGAGGAUAUUGUGCUUCAGUGCGGCAGGGUCCAAUUCGCCUGGUCUGACAUCAACAAACUGUCUGCCUUCAUUCUUCGGGUGCGUUGGGAUGAGAAGCUCAUACACACACUAGGCGAACUCCUCCCGGAUUGGAAGAAACGCCCUGGCACGAUAGACCGUCUUUGGAACUCAACAAAAACUUCUCUUUCGGCAUUCAGACGUGAGAAGGUUAGCAACGGGAUGGCUCAUUGGCAGAAACAGCGCUGGGGAGCUACCACAGACGAAGCUAUGCGACAUGCUGAAGUGCUGCAAACUCUCCACCGGCUGAGGAUUUAUAACUUCGAAAACCCGCUGGACCAUAUCUAUGGCGCGCUGGGAGUCAUACAACGCAUCCUGGGUCGCAAUUAUCAGGUUGAGGUGGACCCCAGUUACGAUGUCUCCGUCGAAGUCGUCUAUACCCAGGUGACGACUUGGUUGAUCAAACGUUUGUCCAAUCUCGACAUUCUGGGACUAGCAGGCCUGACUGAAGGCCGCCUACCAAAUCUGCCGUCGUGGGUUCCAGACUUUUCAUCUCAUGGGCCUGAACACUAUACUUCCCUACAAAGACUGAGGCAGCUGGCACGAGGGUCGGAUUUCCCGAGAACGUUCGAUACCACCAGCACUGCAGAUGGAUCGAGCAGCCACGGGGCCCGGAGUCAUGGUUCCACUACUCUCGUACUGGAGGGGAUCCUAAUCGAUAGGGUCUCAAAGACCCAAAGUUCGGAGUUCGAUAGGCAGAAUAUCUUCAGCAACGCAACAUGGCUACGCCAUCUGAGCAGUCAGCAGAGUGUUUAUGAAUCAACAGGAGAGAGUUUUAUGGAUGUCGCCGUGUCGACACUGAUUGCAGAUGUCAAAUUACUCAAAGACUCUCAAGAGAGUCGAAGAGCGUGGGUACAGAAGUGCAUAACCUACGAUGAUACCAUGAGCAUGGGAGAUGAAGACAUUGAAAAUUCAAGAAUGGUUAUGCCGACAGAGACAUCCACCCAACAUUCUAACAUGGCGAUUCCCGAAGACUCUUUAUCAGAAAGCUUGAUUAAAGAUCCGUUAUCAAAGGUGGUUCAUUUAAUUGCUUCUGGGAGACGGUUAUUGGAGACAGAGAAGGGCUACCUUGGGCUUGGAUCAGCGGCCUCCGAGGUCGAUGACGAAGUUUGGCUUAUUCGCGGUAGUCGUAUGCCGCUAUUGCUGAGGAAAAGCUCAGCCAAGACUAGCUACGACGACGAUAUUAGAGAUACGAAUGGCGAAAAGUAUGUGUUAGUUGGAGAGGCAUAUGUCCAUGGGAUCAUGUAUGGAGAGUUGAUGACCGACGACUUCAUCUCACGCUGCCAGACAAUUUCCGUCGUCUGA